AUGGAGUCAGUUCACCAUGUCUCGACCUCAUCGAAGAUUCUCUUCGGCAAGGUCCGCAAGAUGGUGCCUCCGAUGCUCGAGAAGUUCCACAAAGGGCAAUUGGGACGUGUAGCCGUCAUAGGAGGCUGUGCUGACUAUACCGGAGCUCCAUACUUCUCUGCUAUAGCAUCAGCAAAGCUAGGAUGUGAUAUGAGCCAUGUUCUCUGUGAACGCUCUGCUGCAUCAGUUAUUAAGGGUUACUCUCCAAACCUGAUGGUGCACCCGUUAUUGCCAAGCACCGACACAGUCAAGGAUCCCAAUUCAAUUAAUGCCCCGGAGCUUGCGGGCCCUAUCAUUGCCAUGCUCUCCCGCCUGCACGCACUGGUCAUCGGACCAGGCCUCGGCCGUGAUGGAGUCACGCUCAAGGUUGUUGCAGAAGUGAUCAAGGAAGCGCGGUCACAGUCGAUCCCGUUUGUGCUGGACGCGGAUGGGUUGCUCAUUAUCACGGAAGAACCGAAUCUCAUCAAAGGAUAUAAGGAAUGCAUCUUAACCCCGAACGUGGUGGAGUUCGGCCGUCUAGCAAAGGCAUUGGGGGUCAAGGUUGGCAGCCAGGCAGAUAUCACGAAGGGCGACGGCGACAAAACAAGCAAGGAGUCAGAUGCGUGCGAGCAGCUGUCCAAGGCUCUCGGCGGCGUAACUAUUCUCCAAAAAGGCCCUCAUGAUGUGAUCUCAAAUGGAGUUACCAGCAUAAUUUCCGAUAUCAAGGGAGGUUUAAAGCGCAGCGGUGGCCAGGGAGAUACCCUGACAGGCUCACUGGGGACCAUGCUAGCCUGGCGCGCGGCCUACCACGACAAACUAUGGGACUCCGGUGAGAGAGACAAUGAGACGGAGGCGGAGACUAAGGAUGAUGUGCAGGCCGAGCUGGAGUCCACGGCUAAGCGCAUGUCUCCAACAACCACCCUGCUUCUCGCUGCUUGGGCGGCCAGCAGUAUUACCAGAGAGUGCUCGCGGCGAGCCUUCGAAGCCAAGGGGCGGAGCAUGCAGGCUAGCGACCUGACUGAAGAGGUGCAUCCCAGCUUCCUUCGGCUGAUUGGAGAGCCGGAAGGCUCCAAGACGCAUCUCUAG